AAGGAGAAACCAUUAGGUGUGGUCAGCUUUUGACCACUAUUGUGAAUCCCCGAAAGGUACCACCGUUUCUUUCCAAAUACACAGCUAGCCUUCGUUGUGCUUCGACUGAGACUUUCAGCUCAAGGAGAGCUGUAGGAGAGGAGACAUUAUGAGGCGGGAAGAGGAAGAAGAGGAGAGAACCAUGCUGAAGGCAAAGGAGGACUUACAGGUGAAAGAGGAGGAGGAGACCCCUGAGAGAGGAGAAGUGGUUGGCCCUUCCGCGAGCGCCGUGCCCACCCCAGUGCCCCACAACAAGGGGAUCCGGUUUUCUGAAGCAUGGGAGUAUUUCCACCUGGCCCCUGCUCGAGCUGGGCACCACCCCAACCAAUAUGCCACUUGCCGACUGUGUGGCAGGCAGGUGAGCCGUGGCCCGGGGGUUAACGUGGGCACCACGGCCCUUUGGAAGCACCUGAAAAGCAUGCACAGACUGGAGCUGGAGAAGAGUAGCCAGUGUCAGGCAGGGCAGCGCCGGGACCCAAGGACCCAAGGGCCCCAGCUCCCCAUGGGCAUCGAGGGCGACUGGGCCAGGCUCCUGGAGCAGGUGGGCACCCUGGCUUUAUGGGCCAGCCAAAGAGAAAAGGACCUUCUUAGGAGGGAGAGGGCAGUGGAAUGGCGGGAGCGGACUGUGGAGAGGAGAGAGCGAGCCGUGGAGGAGGUGGAGAGGGCCAUCCUGCACAUGAAGUGGAGGGUGAGGGCCGAGAGGGAGGCCUGCCAGAGGGAGACAGACCAGCUUGCUGCGGCUCACCCCUUCCCUUUUGUUUAGGGAAGAAAUCUUCUUUGAAAACACUGACUUUAGACUUGUAGCCAAGAGUCAUUUUAGUUCCAGCUUAAACCUAGAGCAAAGUAAUUUAGUGGGAUUAUUUUUAAGAGCCGAGUGCAUACGAUGGAUUCAUCUUAGCAGGUCUGAAUUAACCAAUGGUUAUCCACAGGGUUCCUAGUGCUGUACUGAUCAAAACUUUAAGAUACCUUACUGAAUACAGAGGUUGUUUCGCCCGCCUGGGUCUACAAGUUGUUUUGGGGUGGCAGGUACCAGCCUGUCAGCACUGAUGAGUGAAAAUAAUGGGAUUUAUACCUUGCACUUGGUUUUGAUAAAGCUGAAGGUUUUGACAGUUGAGGCUGGUCGAGUAGC